UUUUUUUCUCUAAUCCCUUGUUCAGCCCUCGAAGUGCGGAGCAGAUGGAAAGAGUGUUGGUGAAAGAAAGAGAGAGAUAGAGAGUCAGGAGAAACCAUGCAGUAUCUGAGGAAGCCUAGUGAGCGUAGUGACCGAGCCUGAUGACCUGAUCACCCCAGACAACAAGGAAAGAGCAGUCUGGUCAACCUCAAGACCCGGACAUACACACCUCCAACAGGAGAAAGAGAAAUAAACAGAGAGAAAGAGCGAGAGAGAGAGAGAGAGAGAGCGAGACAGAGAUAGAGAGCGCGAAAGAGAGAGAGAGGAGAACGCCAGAUGUGUGAGAGAGAGCAGAGAGAAGGAGAUGCUCAGAGAGAGCGGACAGUGACCAGAAAGGAGACCAGAGGAAGAAAGAGAAACGAAAGAGACCACUGAGAGAGUGCCUGGGGUAGUGCUGAAAUCUGGAUUGUCUGUAAAGGGGUGCUUGACUUUUGGUUCUGUGGCUCUGAGAGACAACGGGAGCUCUGAGAAACAGUUUGGGGGAGUUCUGUGUUUCACUCUGCCAACAGUAUUACCUGUGUGUGGAAACACUGUGUUACGAGACUGCUUCAAGUGUUCUGAAGAGGACAAAAUAGUAGCCAAAGAAAAGGAGGACAGAAAGAGGACAGAUAAAUAAAAAGGAAAGAAAGCUAUACAUUUAGAAAGAAAGAACAAGAAGGAACCAGAGAGUAAGCGAGAGAAAAACAAAGCUAGAGACAGACAAUAACAGAUAGACAAAACUACAGGAUGGCAAACUCAGGAUUCCAGUUACUGGGUUACUUCCUGGCGCUGGGUGGUUGGAUAGGCAUCAUCUCCACCACGGCUCUGCCCCAGUGGAAGCAGUCUUCGUACGCGGGCGACGCCAUCAUCACGGCCGUCGGGCUCUAUGAGGGCCUGUGGAUGAGCUGUGCCUCCCAGAGUACAGGACAGGUGCAGUGCAAGGUGUUUGACUCCAUGCUGUCACUGGACGUUCACAUCCAGACGUGUCGUGCUCUUAUGGUGGUGUCCGUGCUGCUGGGCUUCAUAGGAAUGAUAGUGAGUGUGGUGGGGAUGAAGUGCACUAAGGUGGGCGACAAGGCAGAGUUGUUGAGUGAGACUAGUUUCCCUGACUGACCAAACCCUGCCUGUCCCCCAGGACUGUCCGAGUUCCACUCACUGUCUCCCCYUUCCCUGUUYCUUCCUAGAUUCMAAAUUUGGACCUUUGUCUCUCCGCUAUAGUAUUUGUCUCUCCCCCUCCGCCUCUUCCUCACUCCCUCCCUCCAACCCCAUACCCCAUUCCUAAAUGUCUGCUCCUUAUCAGUGUCUGAUAUUAAGGGUCGACACAAUGUCCGCCACCCCUUUAAGAGAUUGCUUCUUCCCUUCUCCCACUCCCUGAGCCUGUUUGUAAAUAUAGACUCUUAAAGGAGGUGUGUUGUUAGGUGGUCACACC